ACCGCUUGCCACGCAGGGUAUUUCCCGAUAUAGCACCCGAGGAGCAUCUCAUCUAGACGCAUCAAAUGUGACAUCUUCCAGAACAGACGGCUCAACCUUCGUUCGAACACCUCUCAACACGAACAAUCACGAUUCAUUUAUGAGUUCAGCGAAGCCUGGAAAGACCGACGGAGACAGAGGUCGCCAGGAGGCCACCAAACAGCCAUUAUCGGCUUCUACUGCAUCUUACAAGUCCUCAUUGGAGCCGUUAGGUAGCCUGUCGAGCAUUGAGCAAGAAAGGUUGAUCAUCAACGACCUCCUUUACAUCCUGAUGGGGAUAGAUGGGUUGUAUAUCCCUCGCCGUCGAAAGUAUUUGGAGAAGGAAAAAGGUGACCGAGAACGUCGAGAAACCAUUGAAUUUACGCUGGAUCCCACAAUGGAUCCAUCUUUGGCGGAACUGGUGAAGCGGAUGCUGCCGAUAGCUGUAUACCUUCACAAGAUUGACAACUACAUCGAAACUCAAACGAGAUUCCGCAGCGGACGCGUGCAGCACGCUCUGGCGGCCACAACGAGGGCAUUACUCAAGAACUACUUCAUGCUGAUAGCACAACUAGAAAACCAGACACUGGGCACGCCAGAUUUUGGUUUGCAACAGCUCUGGUUCUAUAUCCACCCAUCGCUACUGAGCAUGUCGGCAAUCGCGUCUUUGAUUGAUGCGCUGUUAGAUGCUGAGACGAAGAGCAUUCAGGCACAUCGGAAAAGCGCAAAGAGCGCCGCCGCGAAGGUGGGGGCGUCCAGUGCGGCGAACAGCUAUAUUGACGAGAGCAAUCUGGAAGGACUGAGUCCAGGUGGUGGGCUCAUCCUCAGUGUGAUUUGUGAUCGCUUACUUUCAUUUAGCGGGGAUCCCGUCAUGAAAAGGCUCUAUGGACAGCUACUCUCAGCGGCAGCAGUGCCCUACAACAUCAUGCUCUCCAAAUGGAUCCACUCCGGCUUCAUCAUAGAUCCGCACGCCGAGUUCAUGGUCCGCGAGAUCCUAUCAUUCGAUUCGGAACAACUCCGGCAGGCGUACAGCGACGUCUAUUGGGAAGCCCGCUACGAGCUGCGGGCGGAUCAUGUACCCACAUUCUUUUCAACCUAUCAGAAUCGGAUCUUUCUCGCUGGCAAAUACCUGAAUGUGUUGCGAGAAUGUAAGGUGAAUGUGUCUGAGGUUGACGAUCCGGAGGCGAUGUCGCGCGCAAUCAUAUCUGGCGGGUCAUCGACAGCCCUAUCGCCGAUGGGAGACAUUGUCGAGGUCAUUGGCGCUGAGAGACUGAUCAACGACAUCGAGAACGCCUAUGCGUAUGCAAAUCGCGAUUUCUUGAAGCUGCUGUGGAAGGACUGCAGUCUUCUAGACAGACUCCGAUCAGUAAAGCACUAUUUCCUCUUGGACAAGUCCGAUUUUUUUGUCCACUUUUUGGAUGUCUCGCACGAACACUUGCUCAAGCCCGCGAAAGACGUUGGCAUCGAGCAAGUGAAGUUGCUACUCGAACUAGUUCUGCGCGAUCCUGCAGCGGGUCAUGGACUCAACACCUUCAAGGAGGACGUAGAAGUGCAACUUUGCCCGAAACUGUUCAUUCCGCGCCUUGCGCAGAUCAGCAAGGGGGCUCUGGAGAUUCCCAAGUCCUUUGGCAAGCGGAAAGCUCGGUCUGGGAGACCCGCUGUGGAUUAUAUGAAUGACUUGGAUCUUAGGUUCCAGGCGAGCAUCUAUCCGGGAGUCGAUGGCACUCAGACUGGUCUUGAAGCGCUCCAAUUACAAUACUGCGUGCCAUUCCCCACCUCGCUCAUCAUCACGAAGAGAACCCUCGAAAAAUAUCAAGUGCUCUUCCGACACCUGUUCCAUUGCAAGUACGUCGAACGGCAACUGGCCGACGCCUGGCGUGAUGAAGCCAAGACGAAACUAUACAACCGAAGCAGGCGGUUCCGAAAGCAAAAGUCCCAAAUGCUUUUGGAAGAUGUGGGGGAGGAAGAUGCAGACGUUGAGAGAGAGGCGAUGUUUAUGGCGAGGAUUUGCGCUUUGAGGACAAAGAUGUUGCAUUUGAUGCAGCAGUACUUGUACCAUGUCUGUUAUGAGGUUAUAGAGCCGUUGUGGAAUAGAUUUGAAGAGCAAAUCCAGAAGGUGGACACUGUUGAGGAAGUGCAAAGCGUUCAAACAGAGUUCCAAGACCGGCUGUUCAAGGAGUGUAUGCUAUGGGAUUACGAGAUGCUGAAGGGCUUCCGAAUUCUGCUCAUGAUCUGCAUGGACUUCAGCCACUUCUCCCACUCUUAUUGUCAUUACAAGACUCUCAAUCCCUCCGGCGACACAUACACUUCAUCUUCCAUGCCAGCAGGCAUGAGCCACGAUAGCCAUCCCUCCGCAUUCCCGGAACAAGCGCACAUCUCCGACUCCUAUGUCUCCGCAGUCCUCAACCCAGCAGAAGCCGACCGCGUCCUGUCCAAUUUCGAGGUUUCCUUCCUGCAUCACAUGCGACGACUGAUCGACACGCUGAAAUACAACGGGGUGACGGAAACGGGCCUUUUCUCGGGUCUGGCGGCGCGGUUGGACUACAAUCUCUUCUUUGCUAGGUUGCCACCGGAUUUGUCGAUGGUGGUGCAGGCUGGAGUCGGUUCUGCGGUCGGGUCGGCUGCAUCGCUGGUAGGGGAGGGCGAUGAUGAGAAGUGGGCCGCAAGGGAUGGACGAGUGCCAGAGGCUCUGAUUCGAUAAUGGAAUGAGAUGCAUUCAGAUUGGGGUCACCUCAGUAAGAUAGUACUUCCAAGGCACGGCGUCGAUUCGCAGAUAGCUCAGG